AUGUAUACGUAUAAAGUACUAUUACUGGCAUUUUUGUUGAUAGCAUCUUCAAAGGCUUUGUGGCCAUUUGAUGAGUCAGAAAAUACAGUCGGGGCUACUCCUACUCAAGAGCCUUGGUGGGAGCGCAUUCUUGGUGGGGAAACGGGAACUACUAGUACUUUAUCAACACAGACGCCAGUUACUCAAAGCCAAGCUAUUUCACAGACAUCAGCAGUUAGUUCUGUGUCAUCCUCGGAACAGCCGUGGUACGCAAGUUUUUUUAGUAAUCAAAUAGUAAUAUCCAGUUCAACAUCAAAGCCACCACCUGCAACUGCAACUGCAAUUGCACACUUUGGUAUUACCACGUCUCAAACACCGCUGGCAAGUCGUUCCACGAAACUAGCUACAUCCGAUAAUGUGCUAGAAAGUUUUAUUGCAGGUCUUGGGCUUGGGAAAACCUCCAGCUCUAGCAGUGUCAGCUCGUUGAAUUCAACUACAGCCUCAAGAAUCGAGUCUUCGGACUCGGUAAAGGCUACAGAUGAAACUGAAUCAAAUAGAGAUGGAGACGGUAUUCUCAACCCUUACAGUCCAAUCAACGUCACGUGUCCAAGUCAUUCCAUUGUGAGAGAAGCAAAUGGCUUGUCGACUGGCGAAAAGGACUAUAUUUUGUCGAGACAAGAACUCACAAAUAGAAACCUCAUUGAUUUCCUCUCGAAUAGGGCUAAUUUGAGCGAUUUUGAUUCCGAACAUUUUAUUAACGAAAACUCUCGUGAUCAUAAUAUUACCAUUGGCUUGGCAUUUUCUGGAGGUGGUUAUAGAGCAAUGUUGUCAGGUGCCGGAUCACUCUUAGCUCUAGAUAAUCGAUUCGAGGAUUCGAAUACGAAUGGCUUAGGUGGCCUUCUACAGUCCACGACAUAUUUGUCUGGGUUAUCUGGUGGAUCGUGGCUAGUGGGUAGUUUAGUAUUGAACAACUGGAUUUCAGUACAAGAAUUGUUUAACGGCUCAGCGAAUAUGUGGAAUCUCGAGGAUUCCUUUUUAAAUCCAAACAGUUUAAGUGCUGCAGAGUUGGCAAAGUACUAUUUGGGUGUAGGAACUGCUGUAGAUGCCAAGAAUCAGGCUGGCUUUAAAACCUCGUUAACCGAUCUCUGGGGAAGAGUUCUUAGUCACCAAUUCUUUGACGAUAGCAGCGGUGGAGUAAAUGUUACAUGGUCAGGGGUGCGUAACUUUUCUACUUUUGAAGAUCAUAGUAUGCCAUAUUUUUUUGUUGUUGCCAACGGCAAGGUUACACUGAAUCCAGAAAUUGACCAAAAUCUGACUUUUAUUGUUGAAAUGUCAGCUUAUGAGCUUGGUAACUUUGAUAAUUCUUUGAAAUCAUUUGUUGAUAUAGAAUACUUGGGUUCGAAUAUCGAGAAUGGGGAGUCUUCUCAAUGUGUGAAGAAUUUCGAUAAUGGCGGCUUUUUAAUGGGAACAUCUUCGUCUCUAUUUAAUCAAAUAUUUAUGAAUUUGAGUGGCUAUGACGUUGGCAUGCUAAUAAGACCAGUAGUGGAAACCGUUUUGAGUGACUUGACAGAUGAUAAAACGGAUGUUGCAAUUUUUGAGCCCAAUCCCUUCUACGAAUCUACCUAUGGAAGCAUUGAAAGUGUUGGAAACAAUCGUACUUUAACCUUAGUCGAUGGUGGUGAAAAUGGACAAAAUGUACCUUUUUAUCCCUUGAUACAAAAGGAUAGGAAUGUCGAUGUUAUUUUUGCAUUUGAUAAUAGUGCAGAUACUCAAGAGAACUGGCCAAAUGGCACUUCUUUUGUAGAGACUUAUAAAUGGCAAUUUACUGAUCAAGGAAAGGGAACACCAUUUCCGUUUGUACCGGAUGUUAAAACCUACUUGAAUAAGGGCCUUGGGGAAAAACCAAUUUUCUUUGGCUGCAAUGCCUCGUCUUUAUCUCCAUUGAUAAAGUGGCACGGUGUUGACGAAAGGAACGAAACUGAUAUUCCUUUGGUUGUCUAUGUAUCCAGUAAUCACCAGUCGUACUUGUCCAAUUUUUCCACAUUCAAGUUGUCCUAUGAUAAUGCUGAAAAGUUUGGAACCAUUCAAAAUGGUUAUGAAGUCGUGACGAGCAAAAACUUAACCGAUGAUACAGAAUGGGCUACUUGCGUGGGAUGUGCAAUAAUCAGAAGGCAGCAAGAUAGAUUAGGAGAAAAACCGAGUCAAGAAUGUGAAAGAUGUUUUAAACGAUAUUGCUGGACUGGAACUUUAGAUUUGGCACCAAAAGUAGACGUUGAUGGUCUUUAUACCAAUUCAAGUACUAAUCACAACAACAACAACUCAAGCUCCAUUUUGCAUAACAAUGCGACAUCUACUAUUUCCCACAACUCAACCUCGACGUCUACUCGUCAUAGUCCUACUGUUGCAGCUGGUAGUUUUUCACAAAGUACAAGAGCUUCUCAAACGACUAGAUUCUAUCCAAGUACCAGCAUAACUUCAAAAUUAAGUAUCAUCUCGAAAACUACAACCAAUACCUUGUUUAAUGGUGUGCAGGGGUUUACGGUGCCAUCUGUCGUUGCAAUUUGCUUCAACUUUCUUUUGAGUGUUAUCUUUUAA